GCGAAGUACUUUUUAACGUAGGAAACAGAAGGCAUCCGAAGUUGUUUUGGUAACAAAAUCCAAUUAUUUCAGGAAUAAAUGCGAAUAAUUCGCAUAUGAUAGGCUGUAUGACGUGUAUUUCAACUGUAUAAAGAAAUAAUACGUAUGUAAAUUAGAGGAUGAAGUAAGUGUGAAAUGUAAGCACAAUGUGGUGUUUUAGAUGAGUAAAAAGUAUUUAAAGAAACAAAAUGGAACAGUACACUAUACUUGGUAGAGUUGGAGAGGGAGCCCAUGGUAUUGUGCUGAAGGCAAAACAUAUUGAGAGUGGUGAGGUAGUUGCACUGAAGAAAAUACCUCUGAGAAAAUUGGAGGAUGGAAUUCCAAAUACUGCCCUCAGAGAAAUCAAGGCCUUGCAAGAAAUUGAAGACAAUCCAUAUGUGGUGAAACUACGAGAGGUGUUUCCACAUGGAAGCUCACUUGUUCUGGAGUUUGAGUACAUGUUCUCAGAUUUGUCAGAAGUUAUACGUAAUUCUGACAAACCAUUGUCGGAAGCCCAGGUGAAAUCAUAUAUGUUAAUGGUGCUGAAAGGUGUGGCAUACUGUCAUGAGAACAACAUCAUGCAUAGGGAUUUGAAGCCAGCCAAUCUGCUGAUUAGCUCAACAGGUCACUUGAAGAUAGCUGAUUUUGGACUGGCAAGAGUAUUCCAGAACAAAGGCAAUAGGUUAUACAGUCAUCAGGUUGCAACCAGAUGGUACAGAGCACCUGAGUUGCUGUAUGGAGCAAGAAAAUAUGAUGAGGGAGUUGAUUUAUGGGCUGUUGGAUGUAUAUUUGGAGAGUUGUUGAAUAACUCGCCUCUCUUUCCAGGUGAAAAUGAUAUCAAACAGCUGUGUUGUGUACAGGGGGUACUUGGUACACCAAAUGAAAAGAUCUGGCCUGGUAUGCACGAGUUACCAGAUUAUAACAAAAUCACAUUCCCAGAAACUGACCCAGUGCCAUUUGAAGAAGUAGUCCCCGAUGCUUCUAAAGAGGCACUAGAUUUGUUGAAGAAAUUUCUGGUUUAUCAGUCAAAACAGAGGAUCUCAGCUAAGGAGGCAUUGGUACAUCCCUACUUCUUCACAGAACCGUUACCUGCUCACCAUUCGGAACUGCCGAUACCACAGCGUAGUCAACGCGGGAUACAGAGACGCCAGACAGCACACCAGUAUAACAUUGACGUCCCGCUAGAAAAGUCUCUUAUAGACCCAGAACUGCUGGCACCUCAUGUUGUUAAAAUAAAAUGAAUACUAGUAUGAGGAAAUUUCUGGUGUCCGUGAGUUGUUGGUGCCAAGAAUCGAACAUACGCAUAUAGUCCGAGAAAUUCGUAAAAUAAUUGUGCACAUCGUGUGAAAAGCAUGAAACUUGGCAUGCUAGCUGAUGAAUAUAUUUCAUUUUAUUUAAGAGUGGGAAGCGGGCUGUGAAAAUCAAAAUGGCUGCCAAAAUCCAAGAUGGCCGCCAAAACUUACAGUUCUAUAGGAAAAUACUGAGACGACUGUUAAGAUAGCAUUGAAAUAACAUAUUUUGGCAUAUUAUUAUAUAAUUAUAUCAAAUAUCAAAUAGGCAUGAUGUAAAAGCAAAAAUAAAAUCCAAUAUGGCUGCCAAAAUCCAAAAUGGCGGCCAAAAUAUUAUGUUUACGAAACAAAAACGCACUACAAUUGAGCAUUUUUGUAAUUAUCUUGAAACUUGGCAAAUAAUUGUAUACAAUCAUACUCAGCUUCCAAUAAGAAUGACAAAUUAAUAAAAAAGUCCAAUAUGGCUGACAAAAUCCAAGAUGGCUGCCAUCAUGUUUUCAUAAGUGAAUCACGCAACCAUUGGGGUUUACUUUUUGUGUGAAUAUUUAUGAAAUUUACAUAAUUCAUGCAUAAGUGUUCACUCCUGAAAUAACAUAUAAGUGUACACUCCUGAAAUAACAUUAACAUUUGUUAAUAAAAUCAAUUAGUAUGGCAAACAAAAUCCAAAAUGGCGACCUUAAAAAAUAGAUGUAGUUUUACAUAUUACAGAAAAGUUAUCAUUUCCAAAAAAUGCCAUAUAUCAAAGUUCACUGGACCAGUUCUGACCAUCGAAUGUUUUAUAUGCAUUCAUAUAUAUGUAUGUAUGUUAAAACAAAACUGCAAAACAACAUCGUUUAGUGGAUACAUACUGAUGUUUUACAUAUUUCAAGUGUCAUUUCAAUUCUACCAAACAGACCUUGAUAUUUAUUGUUCGCAGUCACCACUACAUUUACACAGCGCGGUGCAUUUUAAGUUUGCCUUCAAGCAACUAAGUAUUGAUAUAUCAGAAAAUCGAGGAAUAUAUUGAUUAUGACAAUGAUGCAGUCAUAUCAUGUAAAGCAGCAAACAUUGUUGGCCGGGAUAUGUUCAGUGGUAAAAAUGUGCUUUUAAUGGAACAUUGCAAGAAACUUGCUAACAGAAGGCUAUACCAAAAUUCCUACAGACUAUUGUAGAGAUGAUCUUAGGGGGUUCAAAUAUUAAGACUAGGACAUCGAAAGUUGAUGAGUUUCAAUCCGCCAUGUCCAGAGCACAACUUAUGAUAUUUAACAGCACAUCUACUCGUCGCAGAGACACAACAAAGAGUGUGUAUAAUUGCAAGCAACGUGAACCAUUUCUACCAAUAUAUGUAGGACUCAUUGUACAUGCAGAGACCAGAAAGCGUGGUUUUGUGGAUAAGCUUCAUGAUCUCGGUCUGUCAGUCUCGGUGGUUCACGUUGAUUGCAAUUAUACACACUCUUUGAACAAUGCAUCAUUGUCAUAAUCAAUAUAUUCCUCGAUUUCUCUUAAGGCAAAUCCUACAUCAUCAUUAAAUGCCAAAAAACUUCUCGGCCUUCAUUAUAUGCAUGCAUGUCUUUAAAAUGUGCCAUGAGUCUAGUUUUCAAUCUUGUUGAGUGAACUGUGAAAUGUAGAUACUUUAUGCAAGGUUGACCCACCUCAUUUAUUUCAAAUAAAACGUGUGUUAUUAUCAAGAAGAGUUGCAUUUGCAGUGCUCUUCCGUGUAACUUUCAUAGGUGUUGCAUCACUGUAUACUGAUGCAGCCGCUUAGUUGCCGUAUCAAGCUCUCGGUCUCUGAACUUUACUCUGCAUGUCUUAUGCCAUUUACCUUUGUUCUUUGUCAAAGUAUCAGCUAUGGAUGUUUCCCUUUUCAAACUUUCCAGUUUUAAAAGUACUGGAAGACAAACCCCUGGUUCUAUGAAUUUAUAGAUAUUAUCACAAAAUGAGGUAUACUCCUUUCCAAAGCCUGGAUGAGUAGGGUUAAGGUUAGCAGGGCAUUGUAGGGGUUCUCUUGUAGUUUCUUGGCAUAUGAUACAGAGAUGCCAAUUGAUUUCAAUACCCUCCUUAUCUGUGUUUGAGGUAUCAUUUGAAAAGUUAGUAGUUUAUAAGCAUAUUAGGUAUGUUAUUUGUCCAACAAUGCAAUAAUCUAUAGCAAGAACAUGCAGUAAUAACCUCCACUAACAAGAGCUGUCGGAGGACAGCAACGCUCGACUAUUCAACAGCUUUGUCAAUUGAAUGAAUGCAGAAGUUGAAAAAGGAGCAUAAUUUUGUAAAAUGCAAAAUAGAGGUAUUGAACCUCUGUACUGCAUGUCAUAUCACGACAGUGAACAAGUGUGUGAAGUUUCAAUCCUUUCCAAUUUGUAGAUACUGAGAUACCAGCUUACAUACAAAACCUUAACCAAAAACUGCUAAGUCGAAAAAGGAGCAUAAUUUUGUAAAAAUGCAAAGUAGAGUUAUGGGACCUUCACAGUGCAUGUUAGAUCACGACAGUGAACAAGAGUGCGAAGUUUCAAUCCGUUCGAUUAGUGGAUACUGAGAUAUCAGAUUACAUACAAAAAUUUAACCAAAAACUGCUGUCGAACAAGGGGCAUAAUUUUGAAAAAAAGAGUAGAGUUAUGGGACUUGCUUAGUGUAUGUCAGAUCAUGACAGUGAACAAGUAUGUGAAGUUUCAAUCCAUUCCCAUUAGUAAGUACUGAGAUACCAGCUUUCAUACAAAACCUUAACCAAAAAAUUCUAAGUUGAAAAAGGGGCAUAAUUUUGUAAAAAGCAAAAUAGAGUUAUGCAACCUGUGCAGUGUAGGUCAGUUUAUCACAGUGAAUAUAUGUGUGAAGUUUCAAUCCAUUUCCACAAGUGGUUACUGAGUUACCAGCUUACAUACAAAACCUUAACCAAAAAUUUCUAAGUUGAAAAAGGGGCAUAAUUUUGUAAAAAAGCAAAAUAGAGUUAUGGAACCUGUGCAGUACAAGUCAGUUUAUCACAGUAAAUAAGUGUGUGAAGUUUCAAUCCAUUCCCACAAGUGGUUACUGAGAUACCAGCUUACAUACAAAACCUUAACCAAAUCGGGACGCAGACGCCGACGCCGACGCGGACGCCAACGCAUGGGCGAGUCCAAUAGCUCUACUAUUCUAUGAAUAGUCGAGCUAAAAACUAGGUCUACUACUACUACUACUAUUGUUUCAUGCUGAAAGUAAAAAAUGAACACUAGUUAAGGCUACAGUUUGUAGUUAUCCAAACAACAAAUGGGUAGAGUGCUAUAUGUUAGUAGCAUACAUGAAGGAUUGAAUAUAUACAGAUAAAUACAUGAGCUAUAGUAGGUAAACAUAUACUGAAAUGCAUGGAACUAUGUGCACUGCAUGUUAGACUGAUGUGAAAAUUAUACAGUCAGGGUGUUAAAAUGUGUAGAUAAACAGUUGAUAUAUCUUUGAUAGAUUUACUUGGAACAGAAAUUAUAUUUGUUAUUUUGAAUUGCGGGAACAUGUGUCAGUAUUUAUGUUGUUGACAUAUAUUAUAAAUGGCUAAAUUUAAACAAACGGGAACAACUUUUGUUAAUAAUUGAUGCAUUUAAACAAAAGGAAGGAACUUUUUAAAAAUUUGUUUUAAAUAUCAAAUCAAAUAGUUGAUAUAUAACAAUUUAACUUUUAUUUUGAAUCCAUACAGCAUAAACAGUAUUUCUUGUAUACUUCUAUUAGUAUUUAUUCAAUAAAAUUGCAUUUUCAUUUACUUUGUUCUUGAAAUAUGGUAGAAAACAUGUUUUGUUUAUUUGUCUGUGUACUAGAGAGCAUUUCAAUUAAGUAUUAUUGUUAACAAUGCAUUACUUCCACCUAAAGUAAACAAUGCUUUGUAUUUUUUGGCAGCCAUUUUGGAUUUUGUCAAUACAAAUGAUAGACUUAUUCCAGGUAUUAUAUUAUGAUAUUCUACUAAUUCCCAUGUGCAUGCUUUUUGCAUGUUUUACAUAGCUGUUUAAUGAUUUCCUUAAUUUUUUCAUAAAAUUUUGAAUUAUGGCGGCCAUCUUGGAUUUUGGUGGCCAUUUUGGAUUUAAGACGCUGCUCCCACUCUUAAAUGAAGAGUAAUAUAUUUAUCUACUACCAUGCCAAGUUUCAUGCUUUUCACAAAAAGUGCACAAUUCGACCCUUUUUAGGAACGGAUUUCUUGGACUAAUGGAACGAAUAUGAGCCAAGAGGUCUCUGAAAUGAAAAUAGUAUAUAAAUAUGACAAUUUCAUAACCAAAUAAAUGAACAGAUUUCGUCAACUUACUGCUGGUUGUAAGUCAAUUUAACAAAUAUUUGUUCUUUCAAUUUUAGUUUUGAACAUGCUUAAGGAUAAUGUUAAAUGUUAGUUGAUUAAUGUUGUUGUUGUUAAGAACAUGGUAAAAUGUUCUUUUAGAUGAUACUGGGUUGAAACAUGGACUAUUAACUUAGAAUUUUAAAAUAGAACUUUAUCAUAGUUUCUAUCUGAUGUUUCCUUCAAAUUAACAAAGAUAGGGGCAUCCGUGGCUUAAUGAUAAUAGGUCCAAAUCGUUUGCCAGCUGUAUAGAUUGUAAGCUACACAAGAGGUUGAUAUUUUGUACUUGUUUGGGUAUGCAUACGAGUGGGAUAUUUUAUUAUAUGCUUUGGUAUGCACCUUUUGUGCUAAAGUUCUGAACAUUGCAGUUUUAACAAAAUUUAGUUGAAUGUUCCAGAACACUUAAGAAAUAUGAUUUUACUGUUUAAAACUUUGUAUCUUUAUCUGGAGAAAACAGCUUGGUAGAUUUAUUGGACAAUUUUUAAUGGAUGCUUAAGAUACUUAAAACAAAUUAUGUUUCCUGCCCCUGUGUGUUUCUGUGAAUUAUAAAAUGACUUGUGAAAAACAAAAUUGAAUUGGCACACGCCAAACUAAAAUUAAUUUGAGCAAAUGUAUUAUAUACAGCAAAGUGUAUGUUCUUUUCAGUUUGCUAAAAUUUUAUUUAUCAGAAUCCGUCCGUUAUUUGCUUUUAUGCAGAAGCUUAAUAUAUUUUUUUUAUGUAUUAAUAAAUUGUACUGAAUUUCCACCUAAUAGUGACGCAUUAUGUUAGGGAAGGGAGUGAACUCUUGUGGUCUUAUGAUAACGACAUAUUUAUUUCCUCUAAAAGAGGAUCCUUCUUUUAUCAUUAUAUAUAGCAGAUAUCAUUUUGUUUAUUGUUUAUCUGUGCUAUUUCAAUAUAUUUUUUAUGGUGCAGUAUCUUCAAGAAGUGAAAAAUUAAUGUGUGGUCCGAUUGUUCACUGGUGAAAUAAUAGUUUCUGAAUACAGAUAUUAAAACUCUGUGACAUUGUUCCCCCUGAGCAAGGAUUCCUGAAAAAAAUGCAGUUAAACUUGUGAAUACAGGGGGUCACCACUAGCUUAUUAUAAGCCUUGGUCAAAAAUUGAUGAGUAGGAUAUUUCAUCCCAUUUAGUGGCCUAUAUAUUUUUUAGUGAAAAAGAAUAUAAUCAGUUUUGUUUUAUCUGUUAAGAUUUCCUACAAUAUGUUGGUUCAUAUACAUUGUAAAUAUAAUAAAAAUAAAGAGACAAACCUUUGAAAA